CACGACGUCGCCAUAAGGAGCAGGACGGGUCCUACUUCCGCCCCCGCCCGGGACCUCACGCGGAGGCUGCCCCUAGCAACGCCUGUUUCCCCAACCCCAGGGCCCUACCGCGCACUCCUGUCCGACUCCGGGUCUCCAAGGGCUGCACCCUGGCUAGGAAACCCGAGGGGUGGGCCGCGGGCUCGGGGGUGUCCGGGCCUUGUCAAUGCCGGCUCAGGCAGUGCCUGGCCAGCCUGUGCGACGGAACUGGACGCCUAUCCCUGACUUUACCCAUCAUGCUCACACUGCCUCAUUAUCAGCAGUAGCUGUGAAUAACAGAUAUGUAGUCACUGGUAGCAGAGAUGAAACAAUCCAAAUAUAUGACAUGAAAAAGAAGAUAGAACAUGGGGCAUUGCUGCAUCAUAAUGGCACAAUAACUUGCCUGGAGUUCUAUGGGAAUGCACACUUACUGAGUGGAGCAGAAGAUGGAUUAAUUUGUAUUUGGGACACAAAGAGAUGGGAAUGUCUGAAAUCCAUUAAAGCACAUAAGGGGCAUGUGACAUCUCUUUCUAUUCAUCCUUCUGGAAAAUUAGCUUUGUCAGUAGGAACAGACAAAACAUUAAGAACAUGGAAUCUUGUAGAAGGACGAUCUGCCUUCAUCAAAAAUCUGAAGCAAAAUGCACACAUAGUUAAAUGGUCCCCCAGUGGAGAGAAGUAUGUGGUGGUCAUAACUAAUAAAGUGGAUGUCUACAAACUUGAAACAGCUUCUGUCAGUGGUGCCAUCACAACUGAGAAGAGAAUUUCUUCAGUUAGAUUUAUAACAGAUUCUGUUCUUGCUAUUGCCGGAGAUGAUGAAGUUAUAAGACUGUACAAUUGUGACUCACAAAAGUGCCUUUGUGAAUUUAAAGCUCAUGAAAACAGAAUAAAAGACAUCUACAGUUUUGAAAAGGAAGGACUACAGGUUAUCGUUACUGCAUCCAGUGAUGGAUACAUUAAAUUGUGGAGUCUUGAACUCGAUAAGAUCCAGGAUAGACCAUCUUUGCUAUGUGAAGUAAAUACCAAAGCCAGGCUUACAUGUCUAGCAGUAUGGCUAGACAGAACUUCAGAAACCAAAGAGAACCCUGACAAUGCUACAACCUCUUCUUAUGUAAAUGAAGAUGAACAGCCAUUGAUAACUAGGAAAAAGAAAGUUUGUUGGACUGAUAAUAGUGAUAAAUCAGCAAAGGAAGAUAGGCAAGUGAUGCCCAAGAAAAAAAAAUCAGAAGGUGCACAGCAAAAGAAGAAAACGAAACUACAGAACUCAAAAUGAAUGUAACUUCUCUACCAUUCAAAUAAUAAGCUGAUAUUAGUAAAUUUUGGUAUCACUGUAACUAUUUUUUACACCUAUCACUUCUACUCAAGGCAUUUUUUGUCUCCUCAACAGGGCACGUAUCUCUGAAACUAUCUUAAUUUGGGGAAUAGAAAAGUUUUCUACAUUGAUAAAUGACCAUUCAGAAUUUUGGAAGGUGGCAAAUCUGAUGGUACUAACUUCUCUUGAAAUAUACCAUUCAGAAGUAAACACAUAAUGUAGUAUAUCUAAUAUAUAUUUUAAUUAUCUCAAGUAUAUUAUAAAAAUUAUCUUUGAGCAGUUCUGAAAUUCAGUUUAAAACUACAAAAAUUGCCGCAGUUCUGUGUUAAUAUACUUGGAUUUUCUGGUUUUAAUCAUUAAAACUUGGAAAUAGGUUUCAGUGAAAUAUACAAUGAAAAUGUCUGCAGUUAACCAAUUCUACAAUGUUAAAUUGUUUGCAACAGGACUGGCAGCCCAUAAAGAUCUUCCACAGUGUUUGGGCACUUGUAUCUAGGAGGACUUAAUUUUGGAGGGGGCCAGUUUUUUAUAUAAUUCAGGGUAAACUGUGUUUUAAAUAUACCUAGUAGGCUGGAUUUUUUUAAUAAAAAAAUGUGCCUGCCUUUAUCACUUUAACGGUUAUUUUUAGACAAUCUUAAUAUAUACUCCAUGAUGUCAGAAAAAUAGAACUACCAAAAAUAUCCUUCAUAUAUUCACAAAAAGAAAACUUGUGUUUAACCCUUGAGACAGCAAUGAAAAAAGGUUGUAAAAGCAAACAGUAUAUUUUUUUGCCUUCUAAUAUUUCAAGUCUUUAAUUUUAAAAAGACCUGUCUGUGUCCAUAAAUUCAACCCUGUUUA